AUGAAGUAUCAAAAUGAGCCAAAACAGCAAUUAAUUGCAGUUUCUAACUGUAGAGCAACAUUAAUUUUAGGAUAUUUACCACAAGAAUUAAUUGGAACAUCCUGUUAUGAAAAUUAUCAUCAAGAUGACAUUGCACAUUUAGCUGAAAGUCAUAGAUUAGUUCUUCAAUCCAAUGAUCAAAUUACUACUCAGGUUUAUCAGUUUCGUACUAAAGAAGGAUCAUUUGUAUGUCUUCAGACAAAAUGGAAAGUAUUUCAAAAUCCAUGGACCAAAGAAUUUGAAUGUAUUGUAGCCAUCAAUACUAUGGUUCCGGCUCCCAACUUUGAAGUGGUGGAAAGUUCCAAUACUUCUUUCGAAGAUAUGUUAAGUAGUAAUUCUAAUAGUUUUGAUGCUAUCUUAUCAUCAUUGCCAUCAGGAAUAUCAAGUGGAGAUAAUAUUCAAAGAUUUUCAGGAAGCAGAAUAGGAGCAGUUAAAAUAGGGAAACAAAUUGCAGAUGAAACUGAAUUACAAAAAGGAAGAGAUUCUUCAACAAGCAGUAAUGAUGUUUCUAUGUUAGAAAAUAUUGGAUUAACAAAAGUUCAAAAUGUUUCAAGUUCAGCAGAGGAUUCUUCCAAAGUUCAAAUAAGGAAUCAUCAAGGUGAAAAUUCUGCACAAGUAAAAGCUAUGUUGAAUGGCACUACUAAUCAUUCACCUCAUUCUAAUCUUAGUGACUUUAGUUCUACAACUCAGACAACUGGAAUUCGUGAUAAUACUGAUUUGGAAUUGAUGGAUACUUUGAUGGGAAGAGAGAUGUUACAGGCAUCAUAUCAGAAUAAUAGUAAUGAAGGAAAUGAUGAAGCUGCAAUGGCUGUUAUCAUGAGUCUUCUAGAAGCAGAUGCUGGACUUGGUGGACCAGUAGAUUUUAGUGGAUUGCCUUGGCCUCUCCCUUAAUUUUGGAAAUCUUUAUAUUUUGCAAAUAGAAUACAAAAAACAAAUUUUAAAGCAU